AUGCGAAUCCUACUUCUCCUAACAUUCCCCACUUUUCUAAAAUCCUCGAUUCAUUCCGAAUCUAUGGCUCAAUCUAUAAUGAAUGAAUAUGGAAAAUCGAUAGUUGAAAAUGAUAAAGAGUUGCUCUUCGAGAUUCUCAGUGAAUCAUAUCUUUUUACCACUUGUAAAGGCAAGUUCAAUCGAGAGCAAAUAUGGGAUACUGUUGAAUUUCUGCCAAGUCUCACUAAAGUUCUGAGUGUCGUUCGCUUCGAAUCCACGGGUUUCAAUCAGAAUUACGACAAAAAUUUGAUAAUAAAUCUUGAGUAUGGAAAUUAUGGACCAGCGACGCUUGAAGCGAAAAUGGAGAAUGGGAAAUAUCGGAUAAUUUAUGAGCAACAAAGAAAUUGUCCAUCUGAAAAUCUUUAUGCCACAACAUUUUUAAUUGAUUAUAAGGGAACAGCUUUGAAAAUGGCGAAUGAUUUGAUGGAUAAUUGGUUUGUUGCGAAUAACAAUCUUAAUAAGAAACUUCUUCUUGAAACAGUUCAUAUACCAUUUCAUUUAUUUUGUUGGGUUGAAGGUAAAAACACAUUAGAGAUCACAGAUAUAACCGAAGAAACUUUGAAGAAAAAGGAAACUGCAUUGAAUUGGUUUGUGCGAAGAGAUGAUAUUGAAGUUAUAUCAGCUGAGAUGUUUCAAAAUAAAUCAAUUGGUUUUGCUACAAGAAGCCAAGUGUUUUAUGACAGUUCAUUUCUUGCUUUACCAUUUGAUGAAACAUAUAAAUUGUAUUAUCAAAUGUUCGAAAAACCUUGCAAAUUUGCGCCGAAUCAAACUAUGUCGGAAAAUAGAAAGGAAUAUGAGAGAAAUUAUUUGGCUUGA